CAAAAAUGGCGUUGAGAUAUUUUGCUGAAUGUAAACACUUGCUGAUAUAGCAUCAUAGCCAGAGGAAUCUGCGUCCUGAUAGAAUAAAUGACCGUCAGAAAGUUACUCUAACUGUAAUUCAUCAUGCUCGACCUAGAGGUAGUACCAGAAAGAUCUCUAGGAAACGAGCAAUGGGAGUUCGUUCUUGGGAUGCCUGUAUGCCUUUUUUACCAGGCUGUGAACAUCCUGAAGCGCCAGGAUCGUAUCAUCAAGGGCAUCCAGGUGUGGUACAGCGACCAGAACCCUCUUCAGAUGGAUCUAGUGUUAAACUUGUCCCACGACGGCAUCAAACUCAUCUUCGACCCUGUGUCCCAGCGUCUGAAGAUUAUAGAAGUAAACAAUAUGAGCAAGGUCAAGUUAAAAUACUGCGGGGUUCACUUCAACACAGCACAAGUGCGUCCAACCAUUGAGCAAAUUGACCAGUCAUUCGGGGCAACUCACCCUGGAGUGUACAUAUCUGAAAAGCAGUUGUUCGUUCUAAAUUUCCGGGGGCUUUCAUUUGACUUCCCAAUUGAUUCCAAGUUUGAGCCGAAAUAUGCUCAUGGACUGGGAUCUCUACAGUUUCCAAAUGGAGCAUCUCCCACGGUGUCUAGAAUGUGCAUAUACUCAGGAAACAGUCUUCAGGAAACAAAAGCACCUCCCUUGCCUGUUUCGUGUUUCCAUGGCAACUGUUUCCUAGAUUGCCUGGAAGUUCUACGAGAGCAUAAUACAACUCUGGGACUUAAGUUUUUACUGGUGACUGAGGGUAAUGGAACGGGGAAGUUGUUAGAUCCAAGGAAGAGGCCUAUUGAGAGAAUUGUUCGCUUUGGGGAUUCAUGUCAGGAUGUUAUCAGUGCCUUAGGUUGUCCCAGCAAGGUGUUCUACAAAUCUGAGGACAAGAUGAAGAUCCACUCCCCAGAGGCUCACAAGCGUGUCCGCUCUCGCAGCGCUGACUUCUUCUACAACUACUUUACCAUGGGCGUGGACCUGUUGUUUGAUGCCAACUCAUAUCUUGUGAAGAAGUUCAUUCUCCACACCAACUUCCCUGGACACUAUAACUUUAACAUGUACUGUCGCUGUGAGUUCAAGCUGCCUGUCAUGGUGAGCAGGGAGAAGCAGCAGCACAGCCUCAUGGACGACAGUGACUUCAUUGUCACAGCCUAUUCCAGGUGGAAUGAUGUACAGUCCUCCCUGCUGAAGGCAGACGAGCGUCCUGUCAUCCUCAACCGUUCCUCCUCCACCAACACCAGCAAUCCAUUCGGCUCAACAUUCUGUUAUGGCGUACAAGAUAUGAUAUUUGAGGUAAUGCAGAACCAGCAUAUAGCCUCUCUCACCUUGUAUAAACCCUCUGCAGCCCGGGAGACAUUGUCUGCUUCUUGAUGACACCAUGACUUACAUCCAGAUAUUCACGGACAAGUCUCAGAACCAAACUUAUAUCAGCAUCGGUUCUGUUAUAGUGGACACCAAGAGACAACUGAGUCGCCAUGCCUUGCCAUGUCAGCAGGCCAAGGAGAGGGGACAGUACAUGUGACCUCUGACCUGGCAGGGGACAUAACUCUUACAUGUCGUUUUGAGAUUACAGGAUUAUGGGACAUGUCAUCUUGGUACUCAUGAACAUGUUAUAUUUCAUCCUAAGUGUAUUUCCCAAUUCUCAAGGACUUGUUCUCUUCUGUACAAUAACCCAAGUUAUGUAUGAAACUUUACAAUAAUUACCAACAAUGGGUUUCCCAUUCCAGAGUUUGUGAGAUGAAUGUUUGCCUCAGCAAGUAGAGGAAGCAUAUGGAACUAUAUACUGGUAUUUGAUAUUGAUGAAUGUAUUGAUGUCUUCGCUUCUUACGUUGCUGGGACGCUGUUCAUGAUGUUGCUACCACAGUAUAGGUAGAAGAGCUCCAUCACUCUGUGUGCCUGUAACAGGAAGUCUGCCUCUCUCUGACAUUAUCAGUCACUUUUGUUGUCAUUGCAAUUAUAAAUUCCUUCUGGGCAUUGAGUCUUUCACUGACAUGCAGAUAUUGAAAAUGUUACCAAACACUCAAUUCACUAACACAAGACAACAAUCAAAUUAUUCUGACUUCUAGUCAUCGUUGUGAAUUUUUCAUCAGCCAAGAUGUAUUGCCAUCAGUGAUGGUGUAAUUGCUAGAUCAGCCAGACCUUCAUCCUUAUUCCAUCCUUUCUGUCUUCAAGUGCAACUACUCCACAAACUCUAUACUUUCAUCAAACAUCUUACAUAUUUUAUCAGAUAGUACCCAGUGAGCAGAAUAUGAGAGCACCAAACAUAUAUCACAGAUGCCUGUACCGGUCAGUGUCUCGUGGAGUUGAUAGCUUGAACAAAGGACACACCGAGGAUUGAUGUUCCCUGUGUGACACAGUGGAGACACACCCGGGCCCCUCAUGUAGGGAGGGGUACCAGUCACGAUGUGAAUGUGACAGUUAAACAAGUAUUGGACUAUUACAGUGAAGCUGUGAAGUGCAUCAGUCAGACCUUGAUGUCAGUGUGAUGAAGUCAGGGGACAUGUUGACUGGACAUGUCGCGAGACUGGUGGGAUGUGUUCACAUCUGCUCAGUGUGAUGCUGGGAUUGAUACAGUGAGCAGGAGAAACAACAUAUAUAUGAAAAUGAUAUUUGUUUGGAAGCUUUGCUGGACAAGAAAGGAAAGGAGUGUCCAGAAGCCAGACAGUUACAGAAGUUGUUUUGAACAUUUUGCCAGUGGAAGGAACAGCCAGUGUGAUGGUUACUUAAGUACAGUCAAUUUGAAUUAAGAUUGUUUGACACGAAUGUGAUUAUUGUCAACAGUGUCGUGAGAAAAGAGAGGGCUUUUUAUUGAUGAGUAAAAUACCAAACUGAUGCUUGUCACUCUCAUGGCUAUGCUAUCAGCCUUAGCAAAGCAAUUUGGGUGAUGUUAAGCUAUGAGAAGAUCAUUACCUUGCAUGACGUUACCAGCAGACUUGGUGUAGCCUGUUGACACAAGGAUCCCAUUCCUCAUAAUUAUAUCGGUCCUACAACCAUUCACAAUCAGUAUUGCAGGACUUGUGAACAUGUAAAGACUGUUAUGUUUUAAAAUAAGCCGAAUUAGGUUUGGGGUCAGUAAGCUAGUUGUAAGGCUGCGAUUGUUUCAGUCAUAUUGCCAGAAUGAGAGUUUACGGCCUGCAGAAUGAUAUUGUACAUUGAUGGUAAUAUUGGCCUUUCACAUCAGAUUAGAAUUGUUGUGCAAGAGGUGCCACUGACACUGACUUUACAAGGGAGUUUUUGAGAUGGUUAGUGUGCUUUCAUAUUGUUGGGAGUGAUCUGUUGAGUUUGCUGUUUGAUGCAGGAUUGUUCUUGGAUUGAGUUGUUUGCAGAAGGCACUGCCUGAGUUGGUGAUGAGAUGAAGUUUACAGCAUCCAAGUGACAAUACACAGCAGCAGUUAUGUCUCCGCAAAGCUAAUGCUGUAUUUCUGAUCUAUUAUCCCUUUACCAAAUGAUAAUUAAUUUGAAUCUUUGUGUUAUCAGUUAAUAGUUUUCACCCAAUUUGAAUGUGUUCUUUUUUACAAUCUAAUUUUCUUGAUACAUAAAUCAUAUUGAUGUUUAUGAAAUUGAUCCUUUUAACCAUGUUCCAAGUAUAUGACACUUAUAAGGGGUUGACCUUUCCUGAAAUGUCAGUAGAACCAGGUAGUGAUAGCAUUAAAAGAGAACUCUUGGGGGAUGAAGGGCCACUAGUCCAAUAAAUAUUUCUAAGUUCUGACUUUCAGGCUAUGGUUCAACCCCAGUUUUAAAUCUUUGUGUCUGGCUGUUUUAGAUGCUGUUAAUCAUUUUAUUGGGAUAGUAGAAGAUGAUGUGUGUCGUUGUAUUUUAGAAUAUAGUAGUCUGGUUGUAGUUUUAAUCUCUAUUUUAUAUGAUAGUUGCCUUUUAUAUAUGGAAUUGUCAGUGUUGAUGUGAUAAAUUCAGUCGUACAAGUGCUAAUGUUUGAACAGAAAACAAACAAGUAUUUAAGAAGUAGAUGAAGGUUAGAUAAACAUGCUAUUAUUUAGAAAAUAUUUAGUUCAACCUUGACCUGUUUCACAAACCCCAAAGCUUGGAUGAUUCCUACUGUAGCAGUAGCCAAAGUAUGAAUGAUGGAGUCAUUUGAGGGUAAAGUUUUCACGCAGACUUUUUAUGAAAAGAAUAAGAUAUUGCUCUCAUUGUUAAUUGUGUUGAAUGUAUUAUUUGAGUUGAAAUUCUAUAUAUUCAGUGAAGUGAGACAGAAAAGUGAAAAUGCUGUUAUUUAUUGAAAGAAAGGAGAAAAAUGUUCAUGUAACCCAAGCAGACAGCAGUUAACUGUGGUAAUGUGGAUGGAAGUCGUUCAGUGCUUGAAUACCCUUGUACCUUGUCCUAUAUGUCUGUGUAUACAUGUAAACACUUGUGUACAAACUAGCUGUAUAUUUGAAUGUUUAACACAGGGAAGGCUUGUAAGUAUUGCAAACAAUAAACUGAGAUCAUUGGCAUAAUCAAGAUUUUGAUAUGGAAUGUCAUAAAAUGAAAAGGAAAGGGAUUAUAGCUGAAAUGUUCAUUAUGAUAAAGCUUUAACUCCCAUGAUACAUUUCACUGAGCCUUUUUAUAGAUUUUAAUUCCUCGGAUUGUAGAUGUUUUUAUACAUAAAUAUCAAAUAAAUUUCACAUGUAUAUUAGCAUGACAGGAGUACACAAUUAACUUAAAUCUUGUUGCUUUCUGAAUCAAGACUUCUAAGGUGAGCUGUAUUUGAUUAUGAACAGUGGUAAUUAAUAAUUUGGGGUGUAAAUAUUGAAAGGUGAAUCACCAGAAUAGAAAGUGGAACGAAUGCUGUGGCAACAGAACUGUAAGGAUCUGUCUGUAUCUACUUACAAAACAUGGUCAACAAACUAUGUGAUCUUUAGUUUUGUACAUUAUUUUAUAUAGAAGGAAAUUGUUUUGAAUUGAUAGAGACUGCAUGGAAGAGAGCUGACAGUGUCAUCUUAGGCAGGAAAUAUUAACUAUGAGUGACAUGAUGUACAGGAGUUCAGGUUGCCUUGACAUUUACACUGAGACAUGUGUGAUUCGUCAGUGUAUUUUGUUAGAGAUGAUUGUGAUUGCUAGUGCCAGUAGUGUCAACCAGGAAUUAUCCAGUGUAUUAUGUUUCCUAUUCCUUAUGUGUACCCUGAACACAUUCCUCACUGUAUGUGCUUCCUGGGAGUCAUGUCACCAGCUCUCUCACCUUAAUCAAAAUCAGAUUAAAUUGUUAUACACCAUGAAACUCCUCAAGCUACUAGGUGUUCCACACAUAUGUAAGAUAAUAUACAAAAAUAGAGUCAGGUUCUGUAGACGUGACCACUCUUUUCAGUUCAAGAAAGGAAAGAGUAAUUUGACUGGAUAGCUAUUCUUAGUACUGUGUCAUUUAAGUCACAGAAAAGGUGUGAUGGCGAGGAGCUCCAUGUGUUUAUUAUAAGACAAAGGAAAUAUAAUACACCUGAUAGUGCUGGUGUAGAAUGAACAUAAGAAGAUACAGUCCCUGGCAGCAUGUCCCAGAUGCUGUGUGUGUGAAUAUAGGCUACUAUCAGGGAAGGUUACAGAUUUGUAUCAUGAUACAUCAAUACUGAUAUGAGACCUCAUUAUGAAAAGGACCAUACAGAAUUUAAUGAAUUUCAAUUGAAAAGCAUCACAGACUGUGUAUGACCAUCUCGGUGUCCUUAAUCACAAAUAUACACUUGGCAGUCCUCACUGCUCACUACAACCACUGCACAUUACUUUGUGUUUGUGGACAGAGUGACAUUCUCUUUUCUCAUAGUCAUAAAGUGAAAAUCUAGUAAUAUUAUUAUAUAAUAAUUUCAUAAUCAAUAAUUAUUUGGCUCCCCUUCAACUGCGUUGAAAGUAGAUCAAAUUCAGGCAGUUAUUUCCAAAUGAUCAUGAAGGUUCAGGAUAAUGGAUUACCCAAGAGUGGUGCUUGACUAUUAUCCAGGUGUAUAUUUGUCAGCAUGUAUGAUGAUACUCUAUGUUGUAUCACAUUAUGUAUCAUGUUGAAACGUGAUGUUUCUAGACAGCAAGUCUUGUUGACAGUUUACAUUUUUGUGAGAACAGGAAUUGCUAAUUGGUAAGAUACUGUGGUGUUUGAGUUGUCCUAGGUGACUGUAUCAUGUUUACUGAUAUUCUAGUUUUCUGUCCAAAUGUUUAUGAUUCAAGUGGAACUUAUUGCACAAAACAACUAUGUAUAUAUUAGCAUUAUGAAGCCCCUGAAUGACUACACUUUGUGAGAGGCAUGGAACCAUUACAUCUCUGUCUGGGACAAGUAUUACAGUUAGACUAUAGCUUGCCAUCACUUCGUUACCCUUGUUUAUACAGGGAAUGGCCGAGUUUCAUAGAACCUUUUCAAGAAUUAUGUGUCAGUCCGAUGUUUUUAGAGUUUUGUCCUUGUAAAUACAGGAAGCACAAUCCAUGAACAGUCUGUACAGGCUAUGUUGUGAGGCAGUGUUUUCUUCUCUAGGAUGAUGAUACUGUUAUUGAUGAAACUACCAGACUUCCAUCCUCGUUCUGCCCACCUAUUCAUACUUCUAAAACUAUUAAGAACCACCCGAUUCUUUCAUAUUACUGUUGUGAAUCUGUUGUGGCAUGAGUUGUAUAGAACAAACUGUGCAAUUUGUGUUGUAUUAGCUGAGAUUCUUACUCAGGGUCUGUCCCACAAACGUAGUGCUUUGACUGUUGUAAGUCCGUGAGUUACGAUUGCUCGGAUGGAAGUUUGGCAGUUAUUGAGAUGGAGCAGGGAUGGUCCCUGUGUUUUAUCAUUGUGGUACUGAUACUUGACAAUGAACAAAUAAUUAAUUUGGUACAUUUUAUAUGAACAAUUGAUUUUAACUUAUCCAAUUUUUCAAAGCAUAUCUGUGAGUUUUAUUGUUCAUCUGUUAUGUAGGGUUUACGAAGACAUUUUGAUUCUGUUACUUUGCAUGAGCCUUUCCUCUAGCUGAGAUCUUUUUCUUGUGAUCAGAUGUUUUUCACUGCUUGAUCUUAUUAAGGUUUUAUGUACAUCAAGACAGACGUUGAAGAAUCUGUUAUUGCAUGAUAUGUUAAAUAUAUGAUUAAUAUUAUCAAAAGUUUUAAAACGGCAAUGUUAUCAUUUCCUCAUUUCAGAAAUGUAGAUUUUUGAAAUACCCAGUAACAAAUAUAUUUUAACCCACAUAUUUUGUACCAACUGUGCCAAAAAAAGCUGUUCUUGACUAGUGAAAGCACUGUAAAAUUUACUAGUGGUGUCUUUAAUGAAGAUGAGAAAUACAGCUGUGAAGUUUCAUUGAGCAAUGUCUGUAAAGUGAACCACAUAAAACCUCAGUGAGAUUUAUCUUCAUUUCUAUAUCUUAAUAUCACUUCUGUAUUCACUUGUUAAUUAGGAUGGCAUAUGUUUUAAUGUACAUAAAUAUUGGCAGUCUGUUGUAGGCUGGAGAGAGAGAAAGAGAGAACGAGAGAGAGAGAGCAAUCCUAUUGUGAAUAAGGAACUAUGCAAGUGUCAUGAACGAAACAAAAAGGAAGGUUUUUUAGAAAUUGUUUUUAAAUUGCCAUUUCAUUGAGAUUAUUUCAAACUUGGUUGACAAUUAUAUUAUGCAUGGAAGCUUACAGUCUUCAGGUGAUUGAAAUUCAACUUUAAAUGGCCAAUGUUUUUCUUACGAUGUGGAUUUCUGAAAUCUUUGUACAAAAAAUAUAUUUUUUGCGAUGAUGACUCAGAGAUGUGAAAAGUGUUGCAUGUUCACAGUUUGGGCCGAGCUGUGGUUGUGGUGAGUUCCGAACAGGGACAUGAUACUGGUAACCGUGUGUUGUGAUGUUACAACUGCUUUCAGUUGAGUUAUAGGAAUCUUUAUGAACAAAUAAUAGCAUCUUAAACACCAACCCAUAUCUCUCAACGAGAACAUUCAAAUUCAGUAAGUACUUCAUAUUCCAAAACUGUUAGACAUUACCUUGUUAAUAAGAUUUAGAUUCUAAAAAACAAAACAAAUAUCAUUUGUGUUCAGGUUCCUUUUUAGUUCAUAUGACCAAGAAGUUUAUUUGGAGACAGAUAUUUGUUUUCAAACACUGACCUAGAGCAACAGCUCAAGUGCAGUAGAGACCCACAGAUUGUAAACUAUUCAUGGUCAAUCGUCAUUAAACUUCAUACACUCGAACACAAAAGCAAUUUUGCAAACAUAAAAUUUCUUGAUAAUCCUAUGUAUUAAGGUUCAGUGAUCCCAAAAUACAUUUCAAGAUAUCAUUUCCAAAACAAACUUUAUUAUUUUUACAAAUAUGCUAUUUAAAAGAAGUUGAGCGCAUCUGAUUUUUUCAUAUUACUAUUGUUGAUCUGUCCUGCCAUUUCUAGCCAGUGUUGAGGGUUUAGUGAAAUACUGCAUGUAGUAAGGUAGUGGAAACUAUUUUGGCUACAUUGCCUCAGCAGACAACAGGUGGGAGAGUUUCAUGUUCAACAAUGAUUGCAUUUCUGUUACUCCUAUAUUCAUGCUAGGGUCUUACAAGGACUUUGACAUAUUGGGCACCUAGGAUGGUUUUUCUGUGUAUGUUAUCUUUCCUACAGUCUUAGGGUGGAGGUAUAUGAAAAGGGUAAUAAUAAGUGUACUACUUUCUAUGAACUAGUCACCUUUCAUUGUCAUGUUGAUUGGAGAGGAUAUAAUGUUACCAGCAUAUACCAAUUAAUGUUGAUGUCACUAAGUUCAUAACUGGCAUUCACAAUAUUUACUUAGGACUUGUAAUGACUGUAAUGGUCAACUGGGUCUCAUGUUUGUCAUCUCAUCACCAUGUAACUACAUUCUCGUUAAAAUGUGUCAUGAAGUUUUUACGAUAAGAUGGAUUCCUUUCUUACCAAAGAGAGGACAUAGGUGAGCAAGUCGUCUAAGGUAAUGCAGUUCGUUGUGGGCAUAACAGAACCCUGUGGUAGUUGGUUCAAAUCCUGGUUUGUUCCAACCAUCUUGUUUUGGUUUCUGAGCACCAUACUUCUGCUCAUGGGUUUCACCAGAGUGGUCAAGGUCUGAAACCUUCAUCAGCUCAUGGAUUUCACCAGAGUGGUCAAGGUCUGAAACCUUCAUCAGCUCAUGGGUUUCACCAGAGUGGUCAAGGUCUGAAACCUUCAUCAGCUCAUGGGUUUCACCAGAGUGGUCAAGGUCUGAAACCUUCAUCAGCUCAUGGGUUUCACCAGAGUGGUCAAGGUCUGAAACCUUCAUCAGCUCAUGGGUUUCACCAGAGUGGUCAAGGUCUGAAACCUUCAUCAGCUCAAACUUUUCCCUCAAUCAUAACUGUAAUACUGAUGGAAGUGGUGUUGAGCCCCCCUCACUCACUCACUCUUACCAAAGACAUCUUAACCAGAACAUACAUGGAUUAGCAUACAGAUUAUUUAAGGUUUACCAAGUAUUUUUCUAUUUAAGGCCCGACCUGUGUAAUUUCUUGGUUUCUUGGUCUGUAAUCACAAAAUGAAGGUGGCAAAAUACAUAUAGAACAUUGUCAAGGUUGAAUGAAGACUAAGGAUUUUUAAAAUUAUUUUAAGACAAUAUAAACUGAUCAAACUUCGGUUUAAUUUUUAUCAUGCAUGAUUCCACCAGAAAAUUGUUCCUCCUUGUAAUAAUUUUACCAUUGCUUACAGGUUAAUUAGACAUAACGAGAAUUUCCUGAGUUGUCUGUGGUCACAUAUAUUCAAAGGUUCAUAUUUAUCACAUACUCAGUUUGCCAAAGGUGAUAUGUUCUUCUAAGGUCUGCUGUUCAUAUCACAUUCAUCUAUCACACAAGUCAGCCUGAAAGUGGAGGAUUUGUUGGCACCAAGAUAUCACCCCAAUAAUGGAUAUGUAGCAGCUGAUAAGGGCACAUGGACAAGCCAUUCCAGCCUAGUCAGGGAUAACUUAGAGACAGUGUAACUUGAAUACUUGUAAUGUAUUGCAUGGAAGAAUUGUGUACGUGUAUCGGACAAUAAGAAAAUAUAUAAUCUGUUAAACAUACCUAUAUUUUUAUCAUAAUACUGCAAUGUCAUUAUAAAGAUAAUGUUAUAUGUAUGAAAAUCCUUAUAUUAAAUUUAGAAUAGUUAUUAGAUUAUCUAGUAAAAUCCUAUCUUUUAGUCUGACAUGAUACCUCUCUACAUGAAGAUCUGGCAACUCUCCAGUUCCUAUGAACAGCAUCUAUCUUCUAUAUUCUCUGUACAUGUGAUGUAAUAAGGAUCUGCACCUUCAUGUUGUAGAUAUUUUCUACACCAUUGCAUUUCUGAGGAAUAUUUGUUUUGUUUGUUUUCUUUUGUAAAGAUUGAAAUUUUGAAUCCAGGUGAAAAACUAUAGCUGGAUCUAUUAGAGUUAUAAGAGCCAAAAUUUCCUUUGUGUUACUGGUAUUCUGCUGUCUGUUUCAGUCUGGAUUCUCCUGAGACAAUCUCUGGAGGGGUUGUCAGAUCUGGAGAGGUGUCAAAACCAGUAUAAAACAUACUUACCUCUACUUAUGAGAUUGAUGAACUAGCCUACUUGUGCCUGAAAAGGUGGCAUGAUAUGUUACUUUAGUUUUGUUUAGCCUGGAGAAAGAUGUGAUGCAAAACAAUGGGUAUGUAUGAUUUGAUAAAGAAGGACCAUAUACAAGUAUGACAUUUUGUUCCUGCUUACCUAUUUCAAAACCUCCACCUUAUUUUAUGAAGACAGCUUUUUCCUAUUAUUUCAGUUACUGAAAUAUAGUUUGACAUUGAAUGUAGUUUUAAGAAGGAAAUGCUAGGAUUGGACGUAUAGAUGGGAUGAAAUUCUUAUGGUUAAGUUACCCUGGCCUGUUGAUUUGUACAGCAUGUAUUGAUGUUUUGUGGGAAGUGGUAAAUAAAUACACACCUCAGUGAUUCGGCACAUUUAUCUGACUGAAUUACACAAGAACAUCAAACUUUGUAGUAUAGGAAGGUCAGGCUUGAAAACUCCUACUUUCUUGGCCAGAGGAAUCAUUUGUAGGGUAGUUUGAAAGCAUUUGUAGGUCAUAGGAAAAAUGUUCUGAGGUAUAUAUGACAGGUAGGCCUACAGCUGUGUUGAGAGGAAUGUGAAGUAGUGAUUGCAGUGUGAAGCAGGAACACUUCCUCCAUAGCCCCACUUUUUCAGGUUGGUGGCGUGAACAGCCGAAGAUGAUGUUCCAAGCGAGGCCAGGUUUUCUGAUGGAGGCCCAAACAGUAGAACACCAUCAAGUUGCUGUCUACUCAAAUAUGUUGUAAUUCCAGUAAUAUUAUUUAUUUCAGUAUGCAAACUUUUUAUGAUACUGUAUAUCUUCAUAAUAAGUGGCAAUGACUAGUUUUUGCUCAACCCUGUGUCAGGAAGAGGUAGUUUGUCAAUACAAUAUGUGUGCUUGCCUUCUGUUCGUGCUGUUUGCUGGAGCAUGCAUUCUAGUUCCACUGUUCCACAAUGAUCUCAACUUUUAUGUUGCCAAUACCUCAGUUGCCAGUCUGUCGGUCUGCCUUCCAAUACAUCCACUGCAUAUCUUGUGUCCCCUCUACACCCUCAUGUCUGUAUAUAAACAUUAUCAUUGGAAUAAAGCAAAGCUUUAAUAUCA